AUGUCAAUUCCAAGUUUUGCUACUUUAUAUUGGGAUGGAGAAAUCAUUAUGAAUGAUGAAGGCUAUGAAUAUUAUGGGGGUUCAUCAACCGUCAUUACUAUUGGUAAACGUAUGGAUUUUGGUACUUUAGGAAUGAAAAUUGUCCGUGGAAUUAAUCUUAAAGGUGGACAUGAAUUUAUAUCGAAAAUCUUAUUCAGACAACCCAUUGAAAAAAAUGGCUCAUUUAAAUGGGAUUGCAUGGGUUUGACAAACGAUGACGAUGUGAAUAUUAUGUUUAAUUACAUUGAUGAAAUUGGAGGUAUGUCAUCGAUUGAAUUAUAUAUUGAAAUUUUUCGACCAUCUGCAAAUGUUGUUGAUGAAGCGGGCCCAUCAAAUAAUUGUUACACUGAAGCACUGAAGUGUACGGAUGAUUUUGAAUCCGCUAGCAAUGAUUAUUGUCCUGAUGAUGAUGAGGAUGAUGCGGAGUCUGAUGAAGAAUGGAUUGAUAGUGAUGACUGGGACAUGAAUGAGGAUGGUGGUCAUCAUAAUGAGUUAGUAGUAGAUUUGCCUUUUUACUAUAAUACUCAUGUUGCAAACCCAAUAAUGCCGCUUGUCCCUCCUUCGCCUUAUAGUGAAAUAGAUUUUUCAUUGCUAAUGGUUGAUCCAUGGUCAACACCACAGUGUAGUUCAAUGUGGGAUCCAUUAAAAGAGUUUGAAUUAGGAAUGAUAUUCUCAUCUAGAGAGGAUGUCCAAAAAGCUGCCAAAGAAUAUCAUUUACAUAGGCACCAUGAGUUUUGUAAUGAGGAGACAAAGAGUAGAACAUAUGCCAUCAGGUGCAAAGACACAACGAGCAAUUGUAAGUGGAGAUUGCGUGCCUCACGAGGGAAAGGAAGUGAUAUAUGGAAAAUUACGCGAUAUAAUGGACCACAUACAUGUGUUAAUCCAUCACUGUCACAAGAUCAUAAGCAAUUGGAUAGCAAAUUUAUAUCUGAUUUCAUUCUCGCCAUUGUACGUGAACAACCCAAUGUGAAGAUAAGAGCGUUACAGUCUGAAAUAAAAGAUAAGAUUGGAUAUAUGCCAAGUUAUCGAAAGACCUGGAAGGCUAGGCACGAUGCAAUUAUUAAGAUCUUUGGUGAUUGGGACGAAUCUUACGGAAGGUUGCGACAAUUUAUGCUUGCUUUGUGCAAACAGAACCCUGAAAGUAUGUUCUUGAUUGAAGAUGAUCCUUUUUUUGUUAAUAAUAUAUUAGAUCCUGCUUAUCGGGUUUUCGAUAGAAUGUUUUGGGCAUAUAAACAAACAAUAGAAGGAUUCAAGAACUGUCGACCGGUUAUAUUCAUAGACUCAACUUUUUUAUAUGGAAAGUACAAAGGAUGUUUAUUUUGUGCAACAACACUUGAUGGUAAUAACCAUAUUUUCCCAAUUGCGUGGGCAAUAGUCGACAGUGAAAAUACAAGGAACUGGGAUUGGUUUAUGUCUUGUUUGAGGGUGUUUGUGACAGAUCGUAAUGGAAUAUGUGUUAUAUCAAAUAGACAUAUUGCCAUAAAAAAGGCAAUGAAUCAAGAUUGGUGGCAACCUCCUGCUGGGCAUCAUCGAUACUGCUUAAGACAUAUCAUCAGCAAUUACAACACAAAGUUUAAGAAUACUAAUAUGAAAGAAGCUCUCCGAAAGGCAGCACAAAAAUUGGAAAAAAAAAAUUUUUAUGAGGCCGUGAACACAAUCAAGAAUGAGCAUCCUGAUACAUUUGAAUGGGCUACAAAGAUACCUUUGGAAAAAUGGACACAUUCUCAUGAUGGAGGGAAACGUUAUGGCUCCAUGACAACUAAUACUGUUGAGUCUGUUAAUGGAAUACUCAAAGGGAUCCGUGCUUUACCCAUAACUGCAAUGGUAGAAAAAAUAUUUUUCCAGUGUGUUGAUUAUUUUGACACACGCUGCACGACCCUCCUUUGGAAGGCAAGAUCUGAAACGAAGCAUGUGAUCAAACUUGAUGAAAGGCAAUGCACAUGCAAGAAGUUUGAAGAAAUAUGCAUUCCAUGUUCUCAUGUGAUUGCCGCAUGCCAAGCAAUGUCAAUUAAUUAUGAGCAAUACGUUUCAAAUUAUUACACAUUGGAGCAAACACUUAAGUGCUAUGAGUGGCAGUUUCAUGCCCUUGGACAUCCUGAUGAUUGGCCAACAGAUAAUUAUCCAGUUCUUCUACCUGACCCAACCCAGAAAAGGUCUAAAGGACGACCAAUUUCGUCAAGGAAGAAGAAUGAAAUGGAUUGGAGUGUAAAUCAUUAUAAUAUAAUGGCUCGUAUAAUGCGCACUCCAAAAAGGAUUGUCAAUCAACAACAAAGAGCAAGGGUACAUGGACUAAUUAAGAAUUUGAUUAAUCUACCAAUGGAAGUAACACCCUCAACUACAGGGAAUUACCUACUCUGCAUUGUUAAGCAUAUGAUAAGGGUCAACGGGCUCAUUCAACAAAUCAUAUGGGAAGGAGAGCUAUUAACAGAUAAACCUAGAUAUUUGGCUUUAAGGUCAGCUUUUAGCUGUAUCUACGACAAGGGUAUACUUGACCGCGUAUGGCAAAAAUUAGAAGCUAACCGUACCCCAUCAUAUUUACUGCUAAUUAAGGGAUUCGCAAAAGAAUAUGCUAGUUGGGUCGCUACGCGGACAAUGUGUCGGUCAAGUGGUAUAAAAAUUCGUGAUAGUCACAAACAUACUCUGUUGAAGCCCAUGUUACCUAAAAUCAACUACACAUUGGACAAAGACCUUUAUGAUGAGCUAAUUAGAUCAUGUCCUGUGAAUCAAAUAGUCAGGGUGACCUAA